AUGAGUUUUCUGGAUAACCUGAUUCUUGGGACAAAUACACCGAAGUACACCGAUGAGGUUCUUUUCCCAUCCAAGGUAUAUAGUAGAGUGAGAUGUGGUAAGAAGCAUUGUACAGCAAUGUGUACGACGAGGUCUUAUGCCGAAUAUGAAUUCUGGGCAUAUACACUAUCUGAGAAAGAUGUUGAUAUGAAUGAGAUUCGGAAUAAUAUAUAUCGAAUGGAUGAUGGAUUGAGGUUUUCAGUAUGGAUUAAAUGCAGUGGAAGCAGAGAUGAAAGUAUAGAAUUGGAGAAUAUAAGACCGUGCGUUCUAGGCAUGAGUUGUAAUGCAGGAUUGACAACAGAUUCAGAAGGAGAUGUUGAUUUUGGGGAAGAUAUGGCGAUUGUGAAGUAUAUCCUCGAGAUAUGCAAAAAUUCUGAUGAAAGCAAUGAAGAGGCAAUAUUUAGCAUAUUCAAGAAUGUAAGAAAGAGCCUUACCGGUAUUUAUGAUGCUAAGCUACUGGUAUUUGUAAUAAAGCAUGUUAUUGACCUACCUUAUGCUACAGCUGGACUGGUGUAUAAGUUUAUUUGUUCGAUGGCUCGGCGUCAUAAUCUGAACGGGAUAUUUGCAAUGCACAUCAAAAAUAAUGAAUGUACGGAAGCGAUUAAUGAUAACAAUAAUGAAGAGAAACAUCUGUGUUUCUGGAUGAUGUUGGUGUCUAAAUAUCCACUGUACUUUAACUAUGUGAUUGAUUUUGUGAUUUGUAGCAUUGAUAUAGAUAUUACAAGUAUACCUGAUGCUAUAUGCAAACAUCUUAACAGCAACAGCAUUGAAGAUUGGAUUGAUUUUGUUUCUGUUGCAUCGAAUAUGAGUAAGCUUGUGGAUGUAUGCAUUUAUACGCAAGGAGACUCUAUGAAUAGUGUGAAUAAGGAUGAAGAGAGAUAUUUUGAUUUUCUAGUUAUUCAAAAUGAGAUGAUUAAGGCACAAGAGAUGCUAAAAAAAGAGACUGAUGAGAGGAUCAGGAGUUUAUUGAAUGAGAGAGAUGAACUCCUUGCUCAGAAGUCGAGUCUAAUGGAGGCAUGUAAAACAUUAGAAAAGGAUCUUAAGGAAUGCCAAGAGAGAUGUGUAAGUAAAGUUAGAGAGAUAUUUUUUGAAGCCGAGAGUGAAUGUGAAGUGUAUAGGAAAGGGACCAUGGAGCUGAAUAAGAUGUUCUAUGAAAAGCAGGUGAAUGCCAGUGAUGUUGAUUAA